AAGUGAAUCUCUGCCUGGGCCCAGCUUCCCCGACUCCCGGCCCUGGGACCCUCCAGCCAACAAGGGGGCCCUCAAACCCAGGGGGCCAGGCUCCAGGCUGUCCCCAGCUCUCGGAGGAAAGCCCCAGAUCUUCCCCCACCUCCGCCCGGUCCUGGCAGCUGCUCGCUGAGACUCCUGAAACCAGAAUGUUGAAAAAUCUCGCCCGAAGCAAGUUCCCUGGGAAGGAAGUUUUAUCCCUGGACCCGGACACGGCUCACCCUAACCUGGAGAUCUCGAAGGACGGGAAGGAGGUGACAUGCGUCAGUCAAGGAAGGUUUGUCGACUCCAGCCCGAGGAGAUUUGACACGGCGAACUGUGUGGUGGCUAAGCAGAGCUUCAGCGCGGGGCAGCACUACUGGGAGGUGUCUGUGGGCUGGAAGCGGCGCUGGAACCUGGGGGUGGUCUCGGACCGAGCCAGGAGGCAGGGAAGGUUGAUCAAAGUGGAGUGGUGGCCGUGGCCCCCUAGCAAGGUCUGUGCCGAGGGCUACUGGCUGAUCGGCUACGACCAGCAGAAGGCCAGGAAGAAGUACUGGAUAUUUGACACCAAUCCAUGGCCCCUGGAUAUCUGUCCCCACCCUGAGACCAUCGGGGUCUACCUGGACUACACGGACGGGGAGGUCUCCUUCUACAACGCCGAUCACCCCAACACACUGACCCACAUCCACACUUUCCACACAUCCUUCGGCAACAAGCCCGUCUACCCCAUCUUCGACCCCUGCUGGCACGACAAGGGGGGCAACACACAGCCCCUCAAAAUCCUCUGAGCUGCCAGCUCCGUGGCAACCCAGGGCGCCUCGUCCGAUGGCCACCGCUCGGCAUAUUUAGCUCUGCCCCUCCUGGGGACUUCCCUUGUCUGUGGGCCGAGGAAAGACAGAAAUUGCCACUCUGUCCCAGAGACGGGGGUGGGUCCCUCCAGCUCGGUCACUUAUCGUCGCCAGCUGCUUCAGCAACCCCCUCGAGGACAGUAAGAGAAUAACCCACCCUUAUUGGACAUAUCUUCCUGACCGCCAAUAGGCAAAGGUGGGUUUAGAGCCCUGAAGCAUGAAGAUUGGGAGCCCUCAGGCCAUUUUGCUCCUAACAGAAGUCGGGAUGUUCUCAUUAUCCCUAUAAACCUCCACUGGUUUUCUGACCCCUCUUGGUUGCCGCGACAUCCUGUAGCAGGGAGUUCCGCCGGCUCGUCGUUGCUGUUCUCUUGUACAGUGCUAAGAAAUCGUUAAACAAGCUGGGCCGCUGCAUGGCAUAUGGGAGACACUUUAUGGUAUUAUUAAUGCCAAUAUUGUAUCAUUGCGAUGACUCUGAGCAGAGAGGCCACAUACAGGAUGAGUGAAAACGUCAUGAUUUGCCAAGGAUGAUGAUGUUGUUUAUAUGCGUACAUCACCUUUGUAUCACGCGUUACAGAUAGGUGGGGUGUCUCUGUAUUUCCAAACGUGUGCUGUGUGUCUGGGUGACACUCCUGGAUGAUUGGCAGCAGCACUAGCCCCUCUGUCCGAUGGCCUAUUAAAGGCCAUCAGCUGGACGAUGAAGGCACUUGGAGAAGCCAUGUAGGGACAGGCCUGUGGACAGGAGACUUCAAGAGCUUCUCCAUGCCCACGCGCUGUGUGUCUGGGACAAAGACAUACGAGCCGCAUGGCAAAGGACAUAAAAGGCAGCUGCAUCAUCUCCAGUUUGUCUUCAGUCCUGCUCCUCUCCGCUCUGGAGUCACUUCUCUACAAACGAAGCUCCGAGCAAGGACUGACUGACCCAUCCCAGCUGUGGGUGACUCCAGAGGGACUUUCUAGCCAGCAACCUCACCAGCGCUGCUAAGAACCUGAUCUAUGGACUUGGAAAUCGCUGUACGUAUCUGAGGGCUUUACCGUUUCACAUCACUCUGCCUGUCCUGUUCUGUUCUUUUCUACUAAACCUUUAGUUUUAGACACUAAAGGACUGGCCGGCAGCGCGGUAUUUUGCAUAAAAUCCAAACUCCUAUUGACCUGGCAAUGUGGCUGGACCUUUGCGGUCAGAAGAACAUUUUGUAUAUAUGUGCAGAUUUUUUAGAUAACUUCUCACUGGACUGGACCUGGGUGCUGGCUGGGACCAGAGAACUGGAAUGCAGUAAAGGGGGAGGGGGGGUGAUUGCUUUUUUCAGCUUCUCCAUAAGCAGGGUGGGGGAUCAGGGAGCACCGUGUGUAACGGGUUGGGGAGUUUAACUUCAGUGUUACCCACCAGCCUUGGGAGGAGCUGCUCUCCCUUCUGCAGCCUGCCCUGACCUUGGCAUUCCCAGUGUGGGCUGCCCCAGGCGCCCCGCGUCACACAAGCCAAGAGAAUAAUUAGGCUCCCUCGUUAAUCUGGGGCGCGGCAGAAGAUUGACAUCAUCAUUGAGCUCGCAAGAGCCAAAGCCCUAAAACGUGGCUGUGGAGUUUGCCAGGCUGCCUGGGGCCAGAUGCCGGGAGUUGGCUCAGUCCCAUCCAUCCCCGAGGCGCUGGCCUCACCCCCCGGGCUGUGAUGUUUGUGUCACCGCUACAAGCGUUGGAGAAAGCACCCCCCACGGCCAGGCACUCCCGGC